AUGGCUGGAUACACCCAGGACACUGAGGACUACUACCCAGCCUGCUUCUCAUCCAGCCCCAGCCAAAUUACCUUCACCGACCCCCAGGCCCAGUAUGGUGGGCUCAGUCUGGCCUCACUGCAACAGAAGGACUUUCAGCAAGCCUGUGUAAAGGAGACCAUCAACAACCAAACAUCCAUCCAGUCCUCGGCAUCGAAGAAGAAUGUGAAGCGUAACAAGCAGGUGCCAGUCACCUCGCCCACAGCUAUGGAACAAACCGCUAUAUCACAGCGCAGGAAGAGGACGGUGUACAGCCAGGAACAGCUGGAUGUCUUGGAGGAGUUCUUCCAAAGAAACAUGUACCCAGACAUCCACCACCGAGAAGAACUGGCCAAGCGAAUUUAUAUCCCCGAGUCCAGAAUCCAGGUUUGGUUCCAAAACAGGAGAGGAAAGGCCAGACGAGAUAAAAGCAAAUCCACUUAUUUCACCAAUGCAAGCAUGGGGUAUUCCAACAUUCGACAACCAGGGAACAUAUAUUCUACAGCAUCAACAACAAACCGUCCAAUGUCUGCCUCUGAACAAUCCCAGCUCAUGGUUCCCCAGCAACAGCCCAUGAUGAAUGUAACCCAAGAGGUGUAUAACCAAGCUCCAGAGUCUACUCCCUUCCCCCAUUAUUCCUGUCCAGUUCCCCGGGAGAGGUUUAUGAUGCAGCAGGCCUCACCCAACCCAUACCAACAAAAUAUACAGCACAGCAACCAACAGCACUUGUACAAAAAUAUGACCCCAAUCAUGAGCCCCAAGGCAAUGGACCUCAGCAGAAGACCCUAUAGGUUGCCUUCAGAAUCUGACUAUAUGAUGGACUUCAAUAGCUACCCUCCCAACAAGACCAUCACACCAGAGAUGAGUGUUAACAUCCCACCAAUCCCGCCAUCUGCUGCAACAAGGAGCCACAGUGAAGUCAACCCUUUUACCAGACAAACCCCAUACUCAAUGCCAACUCUGCAUGAUGACUACUACAGGGAAGGGUCUGAAACUGAUUCUGGUGUCAGUGACAGGUCUCCAGAUUCUGCUUCUGAUUCUAAAGAAAGCAUCUCUUCUGUCCUCUCUAGCCUGUGA